AUGGCGAGUCGCGCUGCAGCACCUAGACGCGUUCCUGAAAAUGAAGCUGCAAUUACAUAUGUGCAGUGCGAUGGAUUGGCGGUGAUGAAAAUAGUAAAACACUGCCAUGAGGAGUCUUACAGUAAUAUGGAAGUAGCGCAAGGUGCUCUGCUUGGACUGGUUGUGGAAAACCGUCUAGAAAUCACCAAUUGCUUUCCUUUUCCCAAACAUGAUGAAGCCAUGGAUGAAGAGGAGUAUCAAUUGGAUAUGAUGAGAAGACUCCGUCGUGUCAAUGUUGAUCACUUUCAUGUUGGAUGGUAUCAAAGUGCAGAUGUCGGCAACUUCUUGAGUAUAUCAUUACUGGAGUCACAAUAUCAUUAUCAGACAUCGAUUGAAGAGAGUGUCGUCGUCAUUUACGACACUAAAAAGUCUGCUAGAGGGUUCUUGACUUUGAAGGCAUACCGUUUGACUCCUCAGGCAAUAGCCAUGUACAAAGAGAGAGACUACACACCAGAAGCCCUGCGCAACUUAAAGAUUGGCUAUGAGAGUUUAUUCAUUGAAGUGCCUAUAGUUAUACGCAACUCGCCUCUCACUAACAUCAUGAUGUCAGAACUGUCUGAGAUGAUCCCGGAGGAAGAGGGCUCAAAGUUCCUGGACCUUGGAACUGCUUCGGUGCUGGAAGGUCAGUUACGUAGUCUGAUGGAGCGUGUAGACGAGCUAAACCAAGAAGCCAUUAAGUUCAACCGCUACCAACAGCUGGUAGUUCGUCAACAACAAGAUAAACACCGCUGGCUUCUCAAGCGGGCUCAAGAAAAUGCUGCAAGGGCAGCUAAAGACGAACCCCCACUACCUGAAGAAGAUGUGAAUAAGCUAUUCAAGCCCCAUACAGUCCCACCUAGGUUAAGCCCCAUGAUUGUAGCGGGACAAAUCAAUACAUACAGUCAGCAUAUAAGCCAAUUCUGCUCCCAAAGCCUGGCCAAGUUAUAUCUGACCCAAGCACUCCAAAAUGCUAAGGAAACGAAGCAGAAUAUU